AUGCUAGGGCAAGGGACACCGAGAAUUGUUGUUGUCGGUGGGGGACCAACCGGCUUGGGGGCCGCGGUGCGUCUCACGGAGUUGGGCCACGAAAAUUGGCACCUGUACGAAUGCAACGACGUGCCUGGUGGUUUGUCGCGCAGCUUUGUGGAUGAGAAAGGGUUUACCUGGGACUUGGGUGGACACGUUAUCUUUUCUCAUUACCAGUACUUUGAUGACGUGAUGGAUUGGGCGGUGCAGGAUUGGAAUGUGCUGGAGCGUGAGUCGUGGGUUUGGGCACGGGGACGGUGGGUGCCCUAUCCAUUUCAGAAUAACAUUCACCGCUUACCGGAACCGGAUAUGAAACGCUGCUUUGAUGAAUUGGUGAAGUCACAGGCGCAGGCACACACGGAGCCACCACGUAACUUUGAGGAAUCUUUUACCCGGCAGUUUGGAGAAGGAAUUGCGGACGUUUUUAUGCGACCAUAUAAUUUUAAGGUGUGGGCUGUGCCACCGCGUUUGAUGAGCACAGAGUGGGUUGGGGAACGCGUUGCCACUGUUAACGUGGAACGUAUACGCCAGAACAUUAGAGAGAACCGUGAUGAUGUGGGUUGGGGACCUAAUGCCACGUUUCGUUUUCCUCAGCGUGGGGGGACGGGAGGUAUUUAUCAAGCGAUAAGAGAAAAGCUUCCGUCAGAACGAACGACGUUCGGUGAGGGGUUUAAAAUGACGGCGAUUGAUGCCGAUGCGAAGACCAUUACGUUUUCCAAUGGAGAGGUGGUGAGUUACGACUACCUUAUUUCCACGACGCCCUACAGUGACCUUCUGCGCAUGACGAAAGGCACAGGUUUCACUAACUAUGAGGAGUGGCCUGCCAUUGCGGACAAAAUGGUGUACAGCUCAACAAAUGUUAUUGGUAUCGGUCUGAAGGGCACCCCACCCCCACAGCUACGAACGGCCUGCUGGUUAUACUUCCCUGAGGAUACCUCUCCGUUUUACCGUGCAACGGUUUUCUCGAACUACUCAAAGUACAACGCCCCAGAAGGGCAUUGGAGUAUCAUGCUUGAGGUAAGCGAGAGUAGCUACAAACCUGUAAAUCAUGAAUCGCUUAUUGAUGAUUGCAUCGCCGGUUGUUUGGCAUCCGAUUUGCUCUCUCCUGACGAUGUGAUUGUGAGCAAAUGGCACUAUCGAAUCGAAAAGGGGUAUCCCACACCCUUUAUUGGAAGAAAUGAUCUACUUGAGAAGGCGCUACCCCAGCUGAGAUCUCGUGGCAUUUACUCCCGAGGGCGCUUUGGGGCCUGGCGCUACGAAGUUGGCAACCAGGACCACUCUCUCAUGCAAGGGGUUGAGGCCGUCAAUCACGCACUCGGUCUUGCCAGCGACGAGAUAACCGUCACGAACCCAUGUAAGGUGAACAGUACACGUGCGAGCACGUCCUUUAAACUCUUAGAAAAGAAAAUGUGA